UGGAGUUGGUAUCCCAGGAAUUUAGGAUAUACGUUGUUAGAGUUGGAUAGUAUACGCUACAAAAUUAUCCUCAAUUAUUACGUAGGCAUACAAGUUAAGUUGUUGGGCCUAAUUGCAAAAAUAGGAUUAAAAAUAAGUGAAAAUUGGGGGGUGGGUUUCUACUUUCUACUGCUACCAGAAUCUUUACUUCUACCGGGAAAAACCCUUCCACCAUUUCUCCCCGUCACCAAAUUCCCAUUCACCUCUGCAACAAUGUCCGAGAAAGAUGACAAAUCGGGCUCAAUUGACGCAGCCCGCCCCAAAGAAGAAGCCCUCCGCCUCAAAACCCUAGCGGAGGAGAAGUACAAUUCCGGCGACCUCACCUCCGCCGUCGCAUACGCCGAGCGCGCCCGCGACCUCCAUCCCUCCAUCUCCGGCCUGCGCCAGAUGCUCACCGCCUUCCAAAUCCUCCGCGCCGCUGCCGCGUACCCAUUUCCCGACGGCGGCGCCGAGAGGCAGAAGCCAACUCCGGACUACUACAGAAUUCUGCAGGUGCAAAGGUUCUCGCACAUCAAUUCGAUUAAAAAACAGUACAAGAAGCUGGCUUUGACGCUUCACCCCGAUAAGAACCCCUUCGUCGCGUCCGAGGAGGCGUUCAAGCUGGUCGGGGAGGCGGCGCGGGUGCUGUCGGAUAAGAUCAGGCGGAAGGAGUACGACAUAAGGCUAAGGAUUGCUAUGCAGUCGGAAGCAGCGGGGGCGGUUGCGGUUGAGCUCGGGGAGGAGGGGUCGCGCGAGACGUUCUGGACAGCGUGCUCGGCUUGCCGGCUUCUGCAUCAGUUUGAGAGGAAGUAUUUGGGGCAUAAUUUGAUUUGCCCUGGGUGUAAGAAGACGUUCAAGGCUAUGGAGGCCGAGGAGCGUAAUGAAGAUGAGGGGAAAAAUGAGAAGAAUGAGGCGAAUACGAGGGUAAGUGCUCGGAUUCAGGAGAGAGUUGCCAAAGGUGGCUAUGUGGGGAGUGUGGAGAAAUUUGGGUUGGGAGUAAAGAGGAGAAAUAGUAAUCUAGGUGAGGUUUCUGAGAGGUCGGGGGCCAAAAUGGCAAGAACAGGUGCAUCAAGGAGGCAGGAGAGAGUUGAGAUUUCCGGAGAAGGUGAUGAUGUUGAGAAUGGUAGGUUCAAGACAAUGGAAACGUUGGUAAAUGGGGGUGAGGAGGCAUUGGGGGUUCGUGAGGUUGAGAUAGUGGAGAAUGAGACGAGUAAGGGAGGGGAGGCUAGGGAAGAGGAGAGUAUGACAUUGUCCCAAAUGCAGAUGAUUGUGAAGAAGAAGAAUAAGAGGAAGACAAAGGAGAUAGCUGAGGGAAAAAUGAAUACAAAGACAAACAAGCUAGUUGAGGGAAAAUUGAGUACAAAGACAAAGAAGCUAGUUGAGAGAAAAUUGAGUACAAAGACAAAGAAGCUAGUUGAGGGAAAAUUGAGUACAAAGACAAAGAAGCUAGUUGAAGGAAAAUCUAGUACAAUGACAAAGAAGCCAGUUGAGGGAAAAUUGAGUACAAAGGUGAAGGAAGUUAAUGCUGAGAAGUUGAAGGUAAACGGAGUGGUGGAAGAAACCGAGAAGGAUGGGAUGAGGGAUCGUGAGAAAGAGGAUUUAAGAGAAGAGGAGAUGGAGAAUGUGAGGAUAGAGGAGAGGGUGAGUGAGAAAGUGGAUCUAAGAGAAGAGGAGAGUGUGGAGGAGAUGGAGAAUGUGAGGACAGAGGAGAGGGCGAAGGAGAGGGAAGGGGGGGCAGAGAAGCAGAAGGUGGUGAAUUUGAGGGAGAAUUCAAAUAGGAGGAGAGUGCCAAAAGUUAGGAAUCUUGAAGCUGUGCACGCAGCGUCAAGGAAUCAUCUCCAUUCGGAGAUUGAGAAGGAUAUGUCAUCAGGAAAAGGAAAUUCAGAGGUUCUGCUAGUGGAGAAAGAGAAGGAAAAGGAAAUGGACGUCACAAGGGAGAAGAAAGGAAGGCGUAGAGUUUCAAAGUGUGGGAACUCGGAGAUAUUGAAUACAAAAUCUUCAAAGAAUCGUGUGGAUUCAGACCUUCAGAGGCUCAUUGCUAACAAAAAGGGUGAUUUGGAGAUAAUGGCCGUGGAGGAUUCUGAUUUUCAUGAUUUCGACAAGGAUAGAAUGGAGAGGAGCUUCAAGAAAGGACAAGUGUGGGCAGUAUACGAUGAUGUUGAUGCAAUGCCGAGGCAAUAUGGUCUGAUUAAUGAAAUUGUCUGUGUAAACCCAUUUCAGGUGACAUUGAGCUGGUUGCAGCCUCAGAAUAAUGGAGAUGUGGAAUUAAUAGGUCGGCUGGAAAAGGGGUUUUGUGUUUCAUGUGGGAGCUUCCAGGUAGCUAGGAAAGUAACAAUUAGAUAUUUGAAUUUGUUCUCUCACCUUGUGGACUGUGAAAGAGCAGCCAGGGAGUUGUAUAGGAUCUACCCGAAGAAAGGCUCAGUUUGGGCAGUAUAUAGCAGUAGUGGUCGAGAAGCUGAAGAAAGAGACGAAAGGAAUAAGGAUAAGAGAUGCUACAACAUUGUUGUAACUUUAAGUAGUUAUAGUGAUGUACACGGAUUGAGUAUAGCGUACCUUAAGAAGGUAGAUGGGUUCAGGACCGUGUUCAAGAGAAGGGAAAUCGGGGCUAAUGCUGUCGUAUGUCUUGGAGCAAAAGACAUCAAAAUGUUUUCACACCAGAUUCCUGCAAAGAAACUGUCCGGUGAAGAGGCCUCUGGCCUUCCUAAGGAUUGUUGGGAGCUAGACCCUGCUUCGCUUACACCUCAGGUGCUUACUAUUGCGUAAUUAUUACUCAUGGAAAGAUGCUGCUUGCGCGAUGGUGUGCUUGCUCUGACUUGGAGUUCCUCUGCCUAUCUUUGGGGUAGCUCUCUGCAUAAUGUUCACGGCGCAUGUAAAAUAUCAUUAAUCUCCAGGUGAUAAAUCUUGCAAACGAUCUUCAUGAAACAAGAACAAUGAACUGGUUGUGUGUGUUGGCCAACCGGUAGAGUAGAGUGGUUAAUGCCUAAGGCCGAAGGUCUUGGGUUCGAGUCCACCGUGCGCGGUCUUUAAAUUUCUUUAUUUAAUGCUGUUAAUCUAUCAAAAAAACAAAAAAAACGAAGAACAAUGAAAUGCCUAGUUAGUACUUACACUUCUGUGGUUUUGAAAACUUAUGACCGGUUCCAUCCCUGACCAAAAUGCAACGUAUACCCCUGCAUUGUUCGCAUUCUCCAUUUGUUCUAUGGCUGCUUUCCCUAUACUGUGAAACGACGUGCAUUGUUGAAUCUGAUAUGCUCGAGCAGCUUUAGAGUGAUUGUUCUCUUACACUAUGGAAGUCGUUAAAAAAGAAGAUAUGUUGUGCAGGGUGUCUUUUCAUAGUGCGGAAAUCCCCUCGACGAAGUUGUUGAAACGAGAGUAAUGAGACGGCUUCUUACGCAGGUACGGUCAGAAACAUGAUAGUGAGAUGUAUCUUAUUUGCUUAGGUUAGGAUCUGGUAGAAUGUGACUGUAUUGAGUUCCUCCUUGGAUGUAAAAAUAACUCAGUGUCUCUGUAUCCCUAGCUAUAUUAUUUGGUCAGAAAUUAGGUAGAUUUUUUUUUUCUUUAUUUCUUUACAUUUUAUUACUAAUCUGUAACGUAUGUACUUAAUUUAAUUGUUUUGAACAUGUGAUCUUGAAAGAGAUUGUUUCUGUAUGAGAUUUUUUUUUUCUUAA